AUGGAGGAGAACAGGCCGAACAUGACAGACGAAAAGGACCAUGAUUACAGCGAGGGUGGCCUCCACCAUGAUUCAUUCGAGACGAAAGAGUCUUUCCCUAGACAAAGACACUCAUCCGAUGAGGAAUCGAGAAUCGGCGAAGACCACCAUCACAACAACGACUUGACUCAAGUUCCAACAAACACUAGUGUUGCAGCACGUACUCUAUCAGCUGUGCGCACACGAGAAUCUGGGAAAGACCUGGGACCACCACCAGAUGGAGGGUUCCAAGCUUGGUUACAAGUUGCACUGGGACAUAUGAUCAUUUUUAAUACAUGGGGCUAUAUCAACAGUUUUGGCGUCUUUCAAACAUACUACACCAGCACGCUUGGCAGAUCCCCAUCUGAUAUCUCAUGGGUAGGUAGUAUCCAGAUCUUCCUUCUGUUCUUCAUUGGAACAUUUUCCGGCCGUGCAACCGAUGCAGGAUACUUUCGAUUCACAUUGACUAUUGGUGCGACUUUGGAAGUAUUCUGUAUCUUCAUGACCUCUCUCUGUACGGAAUAUUGGCAGCUGUUCCUGGCACAGGGACUAGGCCAAGGCAUUGGAUGUGGACUUAUGUUCUGUCCGACUUUAGCUCUGAUUUCCACAUACUUUGUGAAACGACGAGGAAUCGCGAUUGGAAUCGUCGCCUCGGGUUCAGCUACAGGUGGUCUUGCCUUCCCUGCUGUAGUGAUGCGAUUGCUACCACGCAUUGGGUAUGGAUGGACGAUGCGCACGCUGGGCUUCAUCUCACUAGUAACCCUGAUUCCAUGUCUGCUAUUCUUCAAACAGCGACUCCCUCCACGUACGAGUGGGCCGCUAGUAGAAUGGGCUGCAUUCAAAGAGCUCCCAUAUCUGCUAUUUGCAGUGGGAAUGUUCUUGAACUUCUGGGGAUUGUACGUGGCUUUCUUCUAUAUUGGAAGUUUCAGUACCAACAUUAUCGGCGCAUCGGACAAUACAUCUAUCGACCUGCUGAUGGUUAUGAAUGGAGUCGGCUUAGUGGGCCGACUGAUCCCGAACCUCAUGGCCGAUCAAUUCACGGGUCCCUUGAAUCUGCUGAUCCCAUUCAGUUGCGCAACUGCUAUAGUAGCCUAUUGCUGGACCGCCGUGAAGAGCAUGGGCGGACUCUGGGCAUUUGCCGCCUGCUAUGGUCUCUUUGCUGCUGGUAUUCAGUCACUGUUCCCAGCCACCUUGAGCACACUCACUACCGAUCUCAAGAAGACCGGUGUACGCAUGGGCAUGGUACUCAGCGUUGUGGCGAUUGCUGCUUUGAUUGGAUCUCCUAUUGCCGGUGCACUGAUAUCCACCGAUGACGGACAAUAUCUUUAUGCUCAGGUGUUCAUGGGCAGUGCUAUCAUUGCAGGGACCUUGACCUUGAUUGCUGCUCGUGUAUGCAAGGUGGGCACUGGCUUAGCUCGCGUCUAG